UUAUACAGAUUAUCAGCAUAAUAUGAGUUACACACUGCCAGCAUCAUGAAGUUAGGCAAUUAAUACAAUCUAAAAGACCACCCACAAGCGAUGUUCACUGUCCUGCAGAGGGUUGCGAGUUAUUUGUGGUAUGGAGAUGACGACAAUGAACAGACUAACCUCAAUGAUGGCACGCUUAAUGAAGGAGCACCCACUCACCCGAAGUGGAAAACGGUCACAGGAAAAGUCUCACAUGUCUACAGUGGACAUGGACUUGUGGAAGGAGAGAUUUAUUUCAGUUUUGCAAACGUCAUUGGCGGAGUACGUCCAGCUGUUGGUGACGUGGUGAACGUAGUUUCGAAGCAAGAAAAUGAGGGCGGGGGAUGGAAAGGAGUUCAGGUGACGGCCCUGAGCGAGGUGUGGGAUGCAGAGUUGUCUCCCUCUACGUGGGAUGGCAGUUCUGUGGAUGCUGUGGCAAGUGAAGAGGAAAGUCCUGUGGAAAAAGAAGAUGUCGUCGGUAAAGUUACAAGAUUUGCUGAUGGGGAGGGAUGUAUCAACGAUAGCAUCACAUUUAAUGGAGAAGCUUGCGUUUCGGAGUAUGAAGCAUUCCAAGGCGACUGGGUCAAGGCCGAGGUUGUGGCAACUGAUGACGAUUUACUGUGCGCUGUCUCAGUUUACCCAUUACGUACACUGGAGUUUGAAGGGGAGAUAACUGCCAUCCGAGAUGAUCAUGGCUAUGUUGAAACAAAGGACAGUCGCAGUAUUUUUUACCAUGUGGGUGUCAUUGAGCCAGGUUAUUUCCCCAGGAAGAGAGACAUCGUGAAGGGGAGAGCCUUGGAGAGCACCCAGGGACAAUGUGUGUGGAGAGCCAUCAGCCUCAGCCCAGCCUUUAACUCUGUCACACCUCAAAGGUACGGAAAGCUACUGUAA